AACUCCGGAGCUUGCGCUCCCGGGCCGUGGGGGCGAGAACGCCGGCGGCGAGCCGGCGUCGCUCGCCGCCCCCAGACAGUGGCAAACUUCGCGGCGUCCCCAGAGCUCCUUCGGGCAGGCAGAUACAUCACUAAUAAAAUCAAAUUCAGUCCCCCAUCCCAACCCCAAUGACGGAGGCUGCGGCCGCUGGAGUGACCCCGCCGCCGCCGGCCCCCGCCCGCUAGCCGGGGACCAACAGCGCCACAGCGAUCGAGGAGGGGGAGAGAGGGAGUCUGUCUGCAAAGUGCUGCUCCCUGGUGCUCAGAGGCGGCUGCUCCAGCUCCAACUCUCAUUCAUUUCGCCGGUUAACAUGAGAGAUCAUGGCCGCCUUCGGGCUUCUCAGCUAUGAGCAGAGACCGCUGAAGCGCCCCCGGCUUGGGCCGCCCGACGUCUACCCACAGGACCCCAAGCAGAAGGAGGAUGAACUGACGGCUGUGAACGUAAAGCAGGGCUUCAGCAAUCAGCCAGCCUUCACCGGAGACGAGCAUGGCUCGGCCAGGAACAUUGUAAUUAACCCAUCAAAGAUUGGAGCUUAUUUUAGCAGCAUAUUAGCUGAGAAACUGAAGCUUAACACUUUCCAGGACACCGGAAAGAAGAAACCACAAGUUAAUGUGAAAGAUAACUAUUGGCUGGUCACUUCUCGGUCCCAGAGUGCCAUUCACAGUUGGUUCUCGGACUUAGCAGGAAAUAAACCACUCGCUAUUUUGGCAAAAAAGGUUCCCAUCCUUAGUAAAAAAGAGGAUGUCUUUGCAUAUUUAGCUAAGUAUUCCGUUCCCAUGGUUCGAGCAGCGUGGAUGAUCAAGAUGACGUGUGCCUAUUACUCUGCCAUAUCUGAAGCUAAAAUUAAGAAACGUCAGUCUACUGAUCCCAAUUUGGAGUGGACGCAGAUAUCUACCAGAUAUCUUCGAGAACAGCUGGCCAAGAUUUCUGACUUUUACCACAUGACCUCCAACUUGGGUGACAGCCCUGUCCCUGUGCCCCCGGAGGUGGAGCACGCCAUGAAGCAGUGGGAAUACAACGAAAAGCUAGCGUUUCACAUGUUCCAGGAAGGAAUGCUAGAAAAACAUGAAUAUUUGACGUGGAUCCUGGAUGUUUUGGAGAAGAUCAGACCAGUGGAUGACGAUCUUCUUAAACUCUUGUUACCACUCAUGCUGCAGUAUUCAGACGAGUUUGUCCGCUCGGCCUACCUGUCUCGUCGUCUUGCCUACUUCUGUGCCCGGCGUCUUUCCUUGCUGCUGAGUGAUAGCCCCAACCUCCUCGCUGCCCACUCGCCCCACAUGAUGAUAGGACCAAACAACUCAAGUAUUGGGGCCCCCAGCCCAGGCCCUCCCGGCCCCGGCAUGAGUCCCGUGCAGCUGGCCUUCUCAGAUUUUCUUUCCUGUACACAGCACGGUCCCCUGGUUUAUGGACUUAGUUGUAUGUUGCAGACUGUCACUCUCUGUUGCCCAAGUGCCUUGGUGUGGAAUUAUUCCACAAAUGAAAAUAAGAGCACGAACCCAGGCUCACCCCUGGAUCUGCUGCAAGUGGCCCCUUCCAGCCUGCCCAUGCCAGGUGGAAACACAGCUUUCAAUCAGCAGGUUCGGGCAAGGAUUUAUGAAGUGGAACAACAGAUAAAACAAAGAGGUCGUGCAGUGGAAGUUCGGUGGUCUUUUGACAAGUGCCAGGAGUCAACCGCAGGGGUGACUAUCACUCGGGUUUUGCACACACUAGAAGUUUUGGAUCGUCACUGUUUUGACCGAACUGAUUCCAGCAAUUCAAUGGAGACGCUUUAUCAUAAGAUUUUCUGGGCAAACCAAAACAAAGACAACCAAGAGGUCGCCCCCAAUGACGAAGCUGUGGUGAUACUGUUGUGUGAAUGGGCUGUGAGCUGUAAAAGGUCAGGCAAGCACAGGGCCAUGGCGGUAGCAAAACUCUUGGAGAAGAGGCAAGUGGAAAUUGAGGCAGAGAGAUGUGGUGAAUCAGAGGUCUUAGAUGAGAAGGAGUCUAUUUCUUCAGCCUCUCUUGCUGGAUCUAGUUUGCCUGUUUUCCAGAAUGUUCUGCUAAGGUUUUUGGAUACACAGGCCCCCUCUUUGUCGGAUCCGAACAGCGAAUGUGAGAAAGUGGAAUUUGUGAACCUGGUGCUGCUCUUCUGCGAGUUCAUCCGACAUGACGUCUUCUCCCACGACGCGUACAUGUGUACCCUCAUAUCUCGUGGGGACUUGUCUGUCACGGCCUCCACCAGGCCUCGAUCACCAGCUGGGGAAAACGCAGACGAACACUAUUCAAAGGACCAUGAUGUGAAAAUGGAGGAACAGAGUAUAAUGGCGCAUAUGGGCAUUGACUCAGGAACCACUAACAUUUUUGAUGAAGUAGACAAGAGUGACUUUAAAACUGACUUUGGUUCGGAGUUUCCAAUUUUUUCUCCCAUGCCUGGAGAGUCCUGUGAAAACGCCAACACUUCCUUGGGCAGAAGAAUGUCGGUUAACGGUGAGAAGUUGGUGAAGAGGGAAAAGCCAAGGGAAUUAAUUUUUCCAUCUAAUUACAGCCUCCUCCGUCACUUGCAGUAUGCAACUCAUUUUCCUAUCCCUCUGGAUGAAUCUUCAAGUCAUGAAUGUAACCAGCGCACAAUCCUUCUCUAUGGAGUUGGCAAAGAGCGGGAGGAGGCAAGGCAUCAGCUGAAGAAGAUUACCAAAGAUAUCCUGAAAAUCCUGAACAAGAAGAGCACCCCAGAGACGGCGGGGGGUGGGGAUGAGGGACAAAAAUCUAGGAAGAACAAGCAAGAGGCAUUUCCAACCCUGGAGACUGUGUUCACAAAACUCCAGCUCCUUUCAUAUUUUGAUCAGCAUCAAGUCACAUCUCAGAUCUCUAACAACGUGCUGGAACAGAUCACAAGCUUUGCGUCAGGGACGUCCUAUCAUCUCCCUCUGGCUCACCACAUUCAGCUCAUCUUUGAUCUCAUGGAGCCAGCACUGAACAUCAAUGGACUAAUCGACUUUGCUAUACAGUUACUAAAUGAACUGAGCGUUGUGGAAGCUGAACUGCUCCUAAAAUCCUCCAGCCUGGCAGGAAGUUACACAACAGGACUGUGUGUCUGCAUCGUGGCUGUUCUCAGGCGGUAUCAUAGUUGUCUGAUCCUGAAUCCUGAUCAGACAGCCCAGGUGUUUGAAGGGUUAUGUGGUGUGGUAAAGCAUGUCGUAAACCCCUCCGAGUGUUCCUCUCCUGAAAGAUGCAUCUUAGCCUACCUCUAUGAUCUCUAUGUCUCAUGUAGCCACCUCAGAAGUAAAUUCGGAGACCUCUUCAGUAGUGCCUGUUCCAAAGUAAAGCAAACCAUAUAUAAUAAUGUGAUGCCUGCAAAUUCUAACUUGCGGUGGGACCCGGACUUCAUGAUGGAUUUUAUCGAGAAUCCUUCAGCCCGCAGCAUCAACUACUCAAUGCUGGGCAAGAUCCUCAGUGACAACGCAGCCAAUCGCUACAGCUUUGUCUGCAAUACACUCAUGAAUGUAUGUAUGGGCCACCAGGAUGCUGGAAGAAUUAACGAUAUAGCCAAUUUCUCCUCUGAACUGACGGCUUGCUGCACUGUUCUUAGUUCCGAAUGGCUGGGGGUUCUGAAGGCCCUCUGUUGUUCUUCCAAUCAUGUGUGGGGGUUUAAUGAUGUGCUGUGCACUGUCGAUGUGAGUGACCUUUCAUUCCAUGAUUCAUUAGCUACUUUCAUUGCUAUUCUGAUAGCACGACAGUGUUUUUCCCUGGAGGACGUCGUGCAGCACGUGGCACUUCCCUCUCUCCUAGCGGCAGCUUGCGGAGACGCAGACGCCGAGCCUGGGGCAAGAAUGACAUGCCGACUCCUGCUGCACCUCUUCCGGGCCCCCCAGGCCUGCUUCUUCCCUCAAGCAACAGGCAAACCUUUCCCUGGAAUAAGAUCAUCUUGUGAUAGACACCUCUUGGCUGCAGCUCACAACAGCAUCGAAGUGGGAGCCGUGUUUGCUGUUUUAAAAGCAAUUAUGAUGCUUGGAGAUGCCAAAAUUGGCAGUAACAAUGUCAGCUCUUUAAAGAAUGAUGACUUCGCCAUGAGAGGCUUACGGCGUGAUGGGAAUGCUGAUGAUAUCUGGACCGCUGCACAAAAUUCUAAACCCUGCGGGAAAAGCAUUUCCAUAGAAACUGCUAAUUUAAGAGAAUAUGCUAGAUACGUACUAAGGACUAUCUGCCAACAGGAAUGGGUAGGAGAGCAUUGCUUAAAGGAACCUGAAAGACUAUGCACGGACAAAGAACUAAUAUUAGACCCUGUGCUUUCGAAUAUGCAAGCACAGAAACUGUUGCAGCUCAUCUGUUAUCCUCAUGGCAUCAAAGAGUGUACGGAGGGGGACAAUCUGCAAAGACAGCACAUUAAGCGCAUUCUUCAGAAUCUUGAACAGUGGACCCUGAGACAGUCCUGGUUAGAACUCCAGCUAAUGAUCAAACAGUGCUUGAAGGACCCUGGCUCUGGUUCUGUGGCUGAAAUGAACAACUUGCUGGACAAUAUAGCAAAGGCCACGAUAGAGGUAUUCCAGCAGUCUGCAGACCUGAAUAAUAGCUCUUCUAAUUCUGGCCUGAGCCUCUUAAACCCCAGCGGUAUUACAAAUGCUGAUACCAGUAGCACAAGACAGAAUGGAAUAAAGACAUUUCUAAGCUCCUCCGAACGCAGGGGUGUGUGGUUGGUGGCCCCCCUCAUUGCCAGGCUGCCCACUUCCGUGCAGGGAAGAGUGUUAAAAGCAGCGGGUGAAGAGCUGGAGAAAGGACAGCAUUUGGGUUCUUCUUCAAAAAAAGAAAGGGACAGACAAAAACAGAAAAGUAUGUCUCUUUUGAGUCAACAACCUUUCCUCUCACUGGUACUCACCUGCCUUAAGGGACAAGAUGAACAACGGGAAGGCCUCCUGACAUCUCUCCAGAAUCAAGUUAACCAGAUCUUAAGUAACUGGAGAGAAGAACGCUACCAAGAUGACAUAAAGGCGCGGCAGAUGGCGCACGAGGCCCUGCAACUCCGCCUCAAUUUGGUAGGAGGAAUGUUCGACACGGUACAGAGGAGCACCCAGUGGACCACAGACUGGGCCCUCCUGCUCCUGCAGAUCAUCACUUCCGGAACCGUGGACAUGCACACUAACAAUGAAUUAUUCACAACCGUUCUCGACAUGCUGGGUGUUUUAAUCAAUGGAACAUUAGCCUCUGACCUGUCAAAUGCUUCCCCAGGGGGAUCUGAAGAGAACAAACGCGCAUACAUGAAUUUGGUAAAGAAACUGAAAAAAGAACUAGGAGACAAGCGAUCGGAAAGUAUCGACAAAGUGCGACAGUUGCUGCCUUUGCCGAAACAGACAUGCGAUGUGAUCACUUGUGAACCUAUGGGUUCCUUGAUCGACACAAAGGGGAACAAAAUUGCUGGAUUUGAUUCUAUAGAUAAAAAACAGGGCCUCCAGGUCUCUACGAAGCAGAAGGUGUCCCCAUGGGACUUGUUCGAGGGUCAGAAGAACCCAGCUCCUCUGUCCUGGGCCUGGUUCGGGACUGUCCGAGUGGACCGCAAGGUGAUCAAGUACGAGGAGCAGCAUCACCUCCUUUUGUAUCACACACACCCUAUGCCCAAGCCCCGCAGCUACUACCUCGAGCCGCUGCCCCUGCCUCCUGAGGAGGAAGAGGAAGAGCCUACAUCCCCCAUCUCUCAGGAACCAGAACGGAAAUCAGCUGAGCUGUCAGAUCAGGGAAAAACCACAACAGAUGAAGAGAAGAAAACAAAGGGAAGGAAGCGUAAGACAAAGUCAAGCUCCAGAGUUGAUGAAUAUCCACAGAGCAACAUAUACCGAGUGCCUCCUAAUUACUCACCCAUCUCAUCCCAAAUGAUGCAUCACCCGCAGUCCACGCUGUGGAGCUACAACCUUGUGGGCCAGCCCCAGCAGCCCGGCUUCUUCCUGCAGAACCAAUCUCUCACUCCAGGUGGCUCCAGAUUGGACCCCACAGGCUCCUUUGUCCCAACCAACACCAAGCAAGCUCUGUCCAAUAUGCUGCAGCGCCGCUCGGGCGCCGUGAUGCAGCCGCCCCCCCUGCACGCCAUCACGUCCCAGCAGCAGCUGAUACAGAUGAAGCUUCUGCAGCAGCAGCAGCAGCAGCAGCAGCAGCAACAGCAGCAGCGGCUUCUCAGGCAAGCCCAGACUCGGCCUUUCCAGCAGGGCCAGCCAGGGGACCAGGCCGCUCUCUUUGCUGCACAAACACGGCCCUCCCCGCAGCUGCCUCAGUAUCCCGGGCUGCAGCCAGCACAGACCAUGCCCCAGGGCUAUACAAUGUACGGAACCCAGAUGCCUUUGCAGCAGACACCGCAGCAGCAGGCUGGCGGUGUGGUCCUGUCUCCCAGCUACAACUCCAGGGCCUACUCAGCCACACAUUCCAACCCUGCGCUAAUGGAGAGGCUCAGACAGAUUCAGCAGCAGCCGAGUGGCUACGUUCAGCAGCAGGCCUCCCCAUACCUUCAGCCCUUGGCUGGCCCUCAGAGCAAUGCCUUACUCGAAUUGGUUGAUCAGAGCCAUCACAUUUAUGAUUGCAGUGCUGAUCGUGCAUUUUGUAGACUGAACCAUCAGGCUCUACAGCAGAGCCCUCUGGUAGGAGGGGGAAUUGAUGCUGUGUUGACUCCUGCCCAUCCAAACCUUCCCUCUGUGCCCCUGCCUCAGGACCCAAUGAGGCCCAGACAGCCGCAAGUUCGACAGCAGCAAAGACUCCUCCAGAUGCAGCAGCCCCAGCAGCCUCCCCAGCCCCAGCAGUCCUCACAGCCCCAGAGUCAGGCCCUUGGUCUCCAAGCAAUGCAGCCCCAGCAGCCUUUGUUUCCCAGGCAAGGCUUGCAGCAGACCCAGCAGCAGCAGCAGACGGCCGCCUUGGUGCGGCAGCUCCAGAAACAGCUUUCCAGUAACCAGCCCCAGCAAGGAGUGACUUCCUAUGGGCAUCCUUCACACUUCUGAACCUGCGAGACGAGGAGACGUGAAGUCUGUGUUUGCACUGAAAAACAGAACAUGGAGUUUAAAGCAUUAGUCAUCCUUGAAAAUGUCCCUUUUUUCUUUCUUUUUUUUGACAUUUUACGCUACAUCUCACACAAAGAUGUUUAAACAAAAAGCCAAGGAGAAGUUGUGGUUUGAAUUUGUCACUUUCAACUUUAAAGUAGGUUUAAAAAUGUGGAUCAUGCAGGCCAACUCCAGGAAGAGUGUGGUAGCAGACCUUUGGAAAUUGGUGCUUUUUUGAAUCUCAUAUUUAUAGAAAGAAUGAAUUAUGGUGGAUUUAAAAUGUUUAUGUAUUUCAUUCAUUAAUGGUGACUUUUUUGUUUUAACCCUCCUCCCCCCACCCCACCCCCCCAAAAACUGUGCUGGACCAAACUACUGAUUUCAAAGUCAUGUCAGAUCUUAACAGGAAAGUGACCCAUUUAUUCCGCGUUCACCUGUAAUGGUGAAAUGGACAUUUAUUUGCAUCACUCUAAUUUGAAAUGUUUAUAAUUUCAUAAGCACUUUAUAAACUUUGUUCUUAUUUAUGUAGGACCUUUCUUUGCUUUUGUUGUGGUCAAAAGGUGCUGAAACAGAUUGUUGCUUAGUACUUAGAUUUCUUAAACCAAUACUAAACCAAGGUUUCUGUGCGCACCACCCUAAGUAACGUGUGGAAGCCUAUUAGAAGGAGGUGUACUCAAAUUUGUUUUCCGUGGCAAGAUCAUUGGCCAGAGUCUUUGUGAAGGUACAGCACGUAACUCUAAAGGUCUGAAAGAACCACGCGGAAUCGUUCCAAUUAUUUAUUGCCGGUCUUGGUUCUUCUGAACCUUAUGCCAACUUGGGGGAAAAGAAUUAACAGCUGGCCUGAGAUUCCAUAGAGCUCAAACUCGACGUGGUUUCCAGAGAAUCUGGUCCCAAAGUCCAGAGGCCUCUGGUUUUCAUAAAAGGUGUAUUUGCUGUUUAUUUUGUAUGGUAAGUAUUUGCUAUUUUUGAAUUUAUUAAUGUUGUUAUCAGUCUUGGUUGUGUAUUGCAUAUACUGUAUUUAUAAAUCGGUGCAAAAAGCACAAGUAAAUUAUACAUCAAAUUUAUUAUAAAGAAAUAGUAACUAUUUUAUCUUUGUUCAAGUAUGUGGUAAUUUGCUCCUAUUAGAGGAAAAAAAAACAGUAAAUUAUUAUCAGUUUGUGUAACUUAAGAGUAUUCCAUAUGAUAUUUUUUUAGAUUUAGAUGCAUAAAAUUUUGAAUGUGAAAAUUGCAGGGCAUUUAAAGACAUAUGUGGGGGAUAUUUUCCCAUGUUCUGUGUUAAUUCAUUUUCUUUUGCCGUAUGAUUUUACAUGUAAUGUCGUCACGCAUACUGUGAAUAGAUUUGUCUGUAACGAGCAAACCAUGUAGAUCUACUUUUCUUUUUCGAAUGUAGCUAGUAUAACUUUAGUAGAUGAUUUCUUUUGCAAAUCAUUAUAUAAGUAAUUUAUCUUCCUAGGUGAGUUUCUCAUUGCAAAGUUUGACUCAUGCAAAUGACCUCAAAUACUUGUCAGCUUACUUUGCUGUGGCAACAUCCAUGUGAACUGCUUUGUACACUGUGAAAAUACUUCACUCCAGCCUGCUCGUUUGUGUUUACUCGAGGCUGGAAAAGACUUUGCCAAAACAUUAAAGACCAUUCUUUUCACUAAAUUAACAUAGUCUAUCUGCUUUCAGAAGAUGUAUCUGUACAUUUCAGCUGGUUUUGUAUUAUCAGUUUUUUUCCUAUCAAGAUUCAUCCUCUUGGAGGUCAUGAAGUUGUUUUUCUUCAAAGUAAUACAUGCAUACGAUGGCUGCAUUGACAACACACCCAAAAUGUGAAUGUUGUGCCUAGUGAGUGAGUCACGUUCCGUCCUUAUUCAAUUUCUUUUCAAGAAUUAUAGGUAUUAAAAAUGCCAGUUUCAGUUUGAACCAUAUAUUUUUGUAGCUCAACCUUGCAAACAGCAGUAACAACUAUUUCAAGAAUGUUAAUAAUUGCAUAGCAUUUGUACGCACUUUAUAUUUUACAGAAGUUAAUUUAUUAAUCAUUUUGCACCUGAAAGUUGUAGGGUAUACCUUUAUUGUUGUGGCUAGAUUUUUUAUUUUUAUUUUUUUUUUUUAGGUGAGGAAGCUAAGGUCACAGUGAGGCCCUAUAAUUCCAAGAUUUUAUGGAAAGCUGAGGAAAAACAGUUGUUUUCCCCCUGUGCACUAUCAAGAAAGCAACUGGAAUUUAGUCAUUUAUUUUCUCCUACUUAAUCCUCUAUCUUCAGAGGUUUCUACUUUUUUCUAGUACAUGCAUUAGUUUGAAUUAAAAUGAUCGCAAGGGAAAGCCAGGAGGCAGAAUUUGGCAAUUUUCUUGGUGAGACAGAGAAGAAAUUAUCUUAAAAAUAAGAUGGAGACCCCAGCUCCCCUUGAAGAUAAGACCUUGACAGUUAACAGCGUUGGCUGAACUUACCACAAAUCCUGGGUCAAAGAAGCCCAUAGACGUGCUUGUUUACACUGCAGGCUUGUUCCGCAUAGGGCUGCAUUUGUCAUUUCAUUUACCCUUCUCAGCCCAGAAGUAAAGUGAGAUCAUUUUACAGUGAGCGCCUUUCACCUCUUGCAGCCACAGGGCCCAACAUCAGGGCCUAGUAGCAACCAGUUCACCUGUUAGGUGAGGCCAGCUGAGAAGCACAGGGUAGGGAGCUCGUCUGUCAGUCUCGUGUGAUCGGAGCCAACAUACCUCUUGGUUUUGUGUCCUGAACAAGACCUGUGGCAUUUUUUUUUCAUUUUAUAAAGCUCCUAUAAUUAUUAAAUAGUGAAUAUUGGCAUAGAUGGUUAGAGAAAUUUCACUGGAAAGCCCUAGCUUCUAGAGUUAGAAAAGAUGAAAUCGUAAAAUGUCUACCAAAUUAAUUCAGCUUGAAUUAAGCAUGUAAUAUAAAUUCAGUGAAUUACAAAAAGCAACAUUUGUGUAGGGCUGACCAGAUUUUAAAUACAGUGAAACUUCGUUAUAUAAAAUAGAUUUAGACCCUCCCAUUCUCCCAUCACAUUAAAAGAAAUAAUAAUAAAACUGUCAUUUAAUGAAAUAAUCAUAAAACAGAAAAAUUUACUUAAGAACACCUCUAGACCUGGGGUGCCUGAGUAGAUUUUAAAGAUAUAAAGAAGUUUCAUUGUAUUGUAAAAACCUUUUUAGUGAGUGUGUAUUUGGACAAAAAUUGACCCCCCCCUCGCAUUUUAUGAUUUGCAGAUAUUCCGUUGCUUUUACAUGUGAAAGAGUUAGCCUGCAUUUAUUUUUAAAUGCAGUUAUUAAAACAUUUUUGUAUUCUCCAUCAAAGAAACUUUUCAGUGUGAACAAAUGGUGAAUCAUAAAACAGUUCAGUGCUUAUUUUCUGUAGGUUUUAGCAAAAUAUUUAUAAACCAACCACAAAAUAUUUAUACAUCAAGAUGACAAAUUUACAUAAAGACUACAGAUUUAAUUUUUUCCACUCUCUCUGUUCGGAGUGCCAUGCUUGUAACAUUGAUAGAAAGUGGACACUAGGCAACUGGUAGUAAAAGAAAAAAGUCCAUGUUUUUACUGAAAACUUCAGGUACAUUAGCCAUGUGUUAUUUUAUGGUGGACCGUUUUCUCUUAAUGUUCAUUUGUUGGCAAAAUAAAAGUGCCUUAAGUUAAAAGUUUGUUUUGAGAUCCAUUAAAGAAAUCAGUUUCAGUUCAUAAUGCAAUUAUUUACAUCUCUUUUUGCAUGUCCAUUGUAAAUUUAAUAUUGUAAAUGUAUUCAAAUCAUUUACAUGCCUAUGGCUGCCUUUGAUUAAACUUCUUCCAAAAAAUAAA